AUGGGGGAACUCAAAAAGUUUUUUCAAAAAUUGUUAAAUAUUUUCCUAUAUUUUUUUAAAAUUUCAUUUUUGAAAGUCUUCCCCUCCUCUCCCCUCCAAACUCCCAAACAUAGUCUAAAGCAAAUCACGUUACCACGAUGUGGUGUCCCUGACAUGAAUUUCGAGUAUGGUUUCACAGAUUCAGUUAAUGUGUCUUGGCCGAAAGGAAAUACCUGGUUUCCAUUCGGCGCUAGAAACCUUACCUAUGGAUUUCUUCCGGAGAGUAAAAUUCCACUAAAUUUUACACAAGUGAUGAGAAAUGCCUUAACGCGAUGGUCACAGACUACAAACGUUCUCAAUUUCACCGAAACAGCUUAUGAUGUUGCUGACAUUAAGAUUGGUUUCUACAUUUACGAUGAUGGGGUUGAGGAUGUUGUGAUAGGAGACUCUUAUAUAAGCAAGCAACCCAAUUCUAAUGUAACCUCAGGUGUGGUAUCACUUGACGCUUCCAAGUACUGGGUGUUGCCAGCUGACAACUACACGUGGUCAUGGAAGGAUGGUGAAGUCGACUUGGAGACUGCGGUGAUGCAUCAGAUAGGCCAUCUGCUUGGACUUGAUCAUUCUUCUGAUGAGGAGUCAAUUAUGUAUCCAACAAUAUUGCCAUCACAACAAAGGAAGGUGCAGAGAACAGAUUCUGAUAACAAAGCCAUCCAACAACUCUAUUCCAAUGUUACUAAAGGCAACAACACAAGUAAUGGUUACAUUGGACGCUUCACAUUGUUUGGGUCGAGUAAUGGUUUUGUAAUAUCUUUGUCCCUUGGAUUUGCUUUCAUGGCCAUGCUCAACUAGCUUCUGGAAUUAUACCCUUUGAUUAGGAAAUUAAUUUGUUUGUGUAAUACUAUUACUUCUGUCUAAUUUUCAGUGAUUUCCUACAUUGUAUUUAAAUGUAUUUUCUUAUCGUGUUUUUCUAUGUGGUGCGGGUA